ACCAAACUCACAUCAACAUUUGAAGCUCAUCAUACUUCUUGUGGCUUUCUCUUUACACCUCUUCAUUGCUUUCAUAUCUCUACUUUCAUUCAUAUCCAACAAAAAAUAUCAAUGAUGUCUUUUGUCGCAAACUUGGCCAUCAAGAGAUUUGACCAUGCUUCCACCGUGUAUGUUGAAGAUGUGGUAGAUAGUUCUCGAGUGGCAUAUAGUGAGAAUGGUGGUGAUGACGAUGACAGUGGCUAUGAUUAUGCUCCUGCUGCGUGAUUGUUUCCUAUUAGUAUAUGAUUGUAAUUUAGGAGGAAACAAAAAGACAGAGAUGAUAAGGUAAUUUAGAUAUCUAGCUAGGCCAUGUAUGUACUAAAUAGUUUGGUGAGUCUUCUUAUAGAUGAACAAACAUGGUUUCCAUAGAUGUUUACUUGUGGAUUGAUAUUGUCUCUUAAUUUUGAAAGUUAAUUUAACUUUAUAAUAUUGCUAGUUUCCAAAAUUUUUACUUUUUUGAUAUUAUAUUUCUUUUAAUAGAUUUUUGUGUUUCUGGUUUUUACUAUUCAUUUACGCAACAUGAAACUUUCCAAUCGAAAAAGUCGAAUUUAAAGUGUGAACAAAUUGGUUUAGACUAAAGCGAAGUCACACAUGUAUGAACAAAAUUCAGAAUAUGAAUAAGACUAAAGGGAGGCGACCCAUGUAUUUAGAUACCAGAAAGCAUAUGGGUUUGCUUGGUACACCAAUUUGUCGUUCGCUCUAUCCACACUGGCACGACUAGUACUACAUUAUUGAAUUGG